UGACGUCAUUAAACUUUUCGAGCAGCUGUGGAGAGAUAAGGGGGAAUGCUGGAGUGCUGGGAAGCGAGAGCUAACAGAAGUGAAGCGGUUUACAAGACUGAGCUAGGCAACUGUGUUUUUGUCUGGGUGACUAAAGAAGUUCAAAGAGACUUGAAGCUUAGGCAUAACGGUGUUCAACAUGAACCGUGCUUUUAGCAGAAAAAAAGAUAAAACAUGGAUGCAUACUCCAGAAGCAUUGGCAAAACACUAUAUAGCAUACAAUGCUAAGUUCCUUGGAAAUACGGAAGUGGACCAGCCUAAAGGCACGGAAGUCGUAAGGGAUGCUGUCCGAAAACUUAAGUUUCAAAGGCAUAUUAAGAAAUCUGAAGGCCAGAAAACACCUAAAGUGGAAUUACAAAUUUCUAUUUAUGGUGUGAAAAUACUGGAUCCUAAGACAAAAGAUGUGCAGCACAAUUGCCAGUUGCACAGAAUAUCAUUCUGUGCAGAUGACAAGACGGAUAAGAGGAUAUUCACAUUCAUUUGCAAAGAUUCAGAAUCAAAUAAACAUUUGUGCUAUGUAUUUGACAGUGAAAAAUGUGCUGAAGAGAUAACAUUAACUAUUGGACAGGCCUUUGAUUUGGCAUAUAAGAAAUUUCUGGAGUCUGGAGGAAAAGAUGUGGAGACAAGAAAACAAAUAGGAAGUCUUCAGAAAAGAAUUCAAGAACUAGAAACUGAAAACAGAGAGCUGAAAAAGAAAGUGCAAGAUCUAGAAGAGCAGUUGAUGAUUUCUCAAGUAUCACCGCUGCUGCAUUUAAACUCUACUAAUCAAACACAUAAUCUCCAAAGACCUUCAUCUCUCUUCUGGUGUCAUAAUUUGACAUCAUUUUCUUGCUUAGAAAUCUCUUCCAUUACACUCACUCCAAUGAGCUCUCCUGACUCCAACUUGUCCACUGGGCUACUAACUCCACCUCCUGCUAAAAGCAUUCUACCAAAGCCUGCCAACGGAUACAGUAUUCCAAGGCCUCGUGUGGGCAGCAUCUCGGUUAAAUCUCCAUCAACUGACAUUUUUGACAUGGUUCCAUUUUCCCCGGCAUCUCCAUUGACACCAAUACCAGCCAGCAAUGGUGCACACCUGCCUCCACUUCCAGGCAGAUCUCCGGAGCCCUCUCUAGGGAAGGAUCUUUUUGGCGCUGAACCUUUUGAUCCAUUCAUCUGUGCUGCAGCAGACUUUCCUCCUGACAUUCAGUCCAAGCUAGACGAGAUGCAGUGCAGUGCAUAACAGGAGCCCUUCUGGCACCCUAGCCAGCAGAGGUUGGAGGCCAACUAGAAACCCCUGCUUUCUGAUGCUGCUUUUUUUACCCGUCCAAUUAUCUGCCUCCAACUGGUCUGGUGACUAAGGAUGGCAGGUCAUUCCCCUUUGCUCUCUUGGGAAUGCAGUUCAGACAAGAACCUCCAUCUUGUUCCACCUUCUUCCUUUUACAAUAUGUGAUCAUGUAGUACCUUAUUGAGUAAAAUUUUAAGAGUUGUAAAGGUGUGAUUUGUUUUACUUGCUUCAGUGUUUUUUUGUACAGUUCACACAAGAACAUAGUAUUACUGAAAUAUUUUCUGUAUUAUCUAAUGCAGGGGUUUCCAUUUGUGAUCCUGUAGUCCCACAAACCUGGUUAUUGUUCCAGUCAAGCUCUCAGACAAUUUUGUACCAUUAAUUAUAUGAUUACUUUGACCUUUUUUGAUAGCUUUCAGUUCUUAAACUUUUAAACUUCUUAAAACUUGCAAAUGUUCCACUCAUGCAGUGUAUUAGUUCAGUUACAGCUCUACUUAUGUAAUUAAACUUGGCUGGAUUGCAAACCACAUAGGACCAGAAUAGGUAACUCUUGCUCUUAUGUUACUUUAUUUUAAUGUUACUUUUAUAAUGAACAUGUAACUAUAGCAACCACUUUGCUUUAAGCAUUAAUCCACUCAUUUGGAGCUACACAGAAUGUUAAGACACUAUAACAAGUGCUGUUUAAAGCCCCUUUUGCAUUGACAGCCAUUACAACACCUUACUUCAAAGAAGAUGGUCCUUCUAUUUGGUUUUGUGAAACUAACAAACUUGGGUAAGCCCAAAUACCUCAGAAUUUUUCACAGCAGUAAUAGAAGUGAUAGCACUUAUGUAAGUACUAACUGCUGUUCUUUAACUUUAUAGAUUUAGACCUUCAGGGAUAGUGGUUUUCUUGUGUUAUGUUUCUGUUUAGUUACUAUACUCAAUUUGACAGAUUAUUUUUAUGCAAAGUUUAUAUGUUCUAGCAACCAAGGUAGUCAUUGUUUAAGUGUCAGGAGUUUUCAGGAUUUUUGUUGAACACAUACAGUAUCUCCAUUUGUAGUAAGCUAUGGCAUACCUUUAAUUUGUAAAGGAGUUAAAAUCAAAGAUGAUGCAUAAUAUUCA